UGAAUGAAAAUUUGCAGUCAGAAGUUCUCUGUCUUCCAAUUGAACGUAAACAGAACGAGAGCCACACAAUCAUUAUAUUAUGUCUGGAAAAUUGCCGGCUACAUAUGUGAAGGGCUUCCACGAUGAGGCGAAGGUGCGCCAGAUGGAAUACCGAAAGUUUGGAAAGACCGGUCUGGAAGUCUCGAAAGUUUCAUUUGGAGGAGGUGCCCUGUGCGCUGCUUAUGGCUUUGACCUCGAGGAGGGCAUUAAGACAGUGCACGAGGCUUUAAAAUCUGGCAUUAACUACAUCGACACUGCUCCCUGGUAUGGACACGGUCGGUCGGAAGAGGUUCUUGGCCAGGCUCUUAAGGAUAUUCCAAGGGAGUCCUACUACAUCGCCACCAAGGUGUGUCGCUAUGAGCCCGAAUACGAAAAGAUGUUCGAUUUUAGUGCCAAGAAGACGAGGGAGAGCGUAGAAAAAAGUCUAAGGCGUCUGGGACUUGACUACGUGGACGUCAUCCAAAUCCAUGACAUUGAGUUUGCUGAGAACCUUGAUAUUGUAAUCAAUGAAACGCUGCCCACAUUGGAGCAAUUGGUCAAGGAGGGCAAGGCGAGGUUUAUCGGGGUGUCGGCUUAUCCCAUUUCGAUUCUGAAGGAAUGCUUAACCCGAGCGGCCGGCAGGUUUGAUACUGUUCUGACCUACUGCAGAUACACUUUGGCCGAUGAAACCUUACUGGAGUAUUUGGACUUCUUCAAGUCCCAGAACCUAGGCCAAAUCUGCGCCGCUGCCCAUGGCCUGGGGCUGCUCACCAAUGGGGGGCCUCAACCCUGGCAUCCGGCUGGCGCGGAUCAGAAGGCGAUCGCCCGCAAGGCGUCGGAUAUCUGCAAAGAGCGCGGCGUGGAACUGGGCAAGCUGGCUUUCUAUUACACGGCCAAAGGGCUGCCUGACGUGAGCACCUUCCUCACCGGCAUGCAGACUCGCGAGUUGCUGAAAAUCAACCUGGAGGCCGCUCUGCUGGGCCUCAGCGACAAGGAGCAGGAAGUGCUGGAGUAUCUGCGCAAAAAUGUUUUUACCAAACCUUUCAAUUGGGAGGGCAACGAACUGGCGGUGUACUGGGCAGCCCUGAAAAAGAAGUAAUCCACUUGGCCAUCUCAACAAAAGGAUGCAAGAAAUAGACAACAUCUUCAGUUUCUUGCCAUUGACCUCAAUAGUGGAUUCUUAUUGACUUAUAAAUGAACUUGAGAUAAUAUAUAAAAAGGCAAUAUCAGUGUACAACAAAAUUAAUUGAUAAAAAUUUUUAAUCAGCGAGUGAUGAAAAAGCAUGGUAAUCACAGAUAUUGGAAAUCAUUUAACACAUACGGUUAUUAUAUAUAAUCUGAGGUAAUAAAGAGCUUUUUAAAUAAAAAAUAAAAGAAAACGUCAUAUUAAUUAUGCGAAAGGAGAA